AAAGCACAAGCUCGACUUCCUGAACCUAAAGUGACGCUGGGUGCAUCGACAGCGAACUCUCGAAAGACUCAUUGAAGACUCGCGGGAAUAGCUCCAAGCCUCCACCAUGACGAUCACGUACUCACUGAACGUCUCCGAGGCUCGGCUGUGCGGCUUUGCCAAGCUGCUGCUGCGAUGGCGCGGCAGCAUCUACAAGCUCCUAUACCGGGAGAUGAUCAUAUUCUGCACCUUGUACUUCGGACUGAGCGCCCUCUACCGGCACAUACUCAACGAACACCAAAAAGUUGUCUUCGAAAGCCUGGCCAAGUACUGUGAAAAGUUCACGGACCUGAUCCCACUGUCCUUCGUGCUUGGCUUCUACGUGUCCAUUGUCGUCGGUCGCUGGUGGCAGCAGUAUAUGAAUGUUCCCUGGCCCGACAAGGCGGUGAUGGCCAUAGCAGCUUACGUGAAUGGCACUGACGAGCGUGGCCGCGUAAUUCGGCGCACGAUGGCCCGCUACCUGUCUCUCCUGUCAGCACUAACUUUCCAAGGCAUCAGCACAGCUGUCAAGAAACGCUUCCCAACGCUCGACCAUAUGGAGGAAGCUGGCCUGAUGACCAAGGAGGAGCGGCGCGUGUAUGACUCGAUCCCGGUGGCCCACGGCAAGUGGUGGGUGCCGGCGCAGUGGUUCGUCGCGCUGGCCGUCCGUGCCCGCAAGGAAGGACGCAUCAAGGAUGACAUCCUGCUCAAGCACCUGCUCCAGGAGAUGCACGAGUUCCGAGGCUGCUGCGGCAUGCUGUACAGUUAUGACUGGAUCAGCAUUCCCCUGGUCUACACACAAGUGGUGACGCUGGCCAUCUACACCUACUUCCUGGCCACUGUCAUGGGCCGCCAGUACCUCAGUUCUUCGAGUGAUGAGAUUGACCUGUACAUCCCAGUCUUCACCAUCCUGCAGUUUUUCUUCUACAUGGGCUGGUUAAAGGUGGCAGAACAACUCAUAAACCCAUUUGGUGAAGAUGACGAUGAUUUCGAACUGAACUGGUGCCUUGACAGAAACCUGCAGGUAUCAUUUCAAAUCGUUGAUGACAUGCACCAGCGACACCCCCGGUUGGUGCGUGAUAUCUACUGGGAUGAGGCAGAACCGCAGCUUCCUUACACCAAGUCUUCGGUGAACCUCCGCACUCAGCCACACCUGGGUUCAGCCAUGACCCUUGAUGUCGACCCUGAGGAGUCGGAGUUUGUUCCCAUGGAGACCAUCUUGGAGGAGGACCAUGAUGAGCACAAGUACACGAGCCCGCCAACAUCACCGCCAAAUGCGGCAGAUGUGCAACCUGUGCCUGGGCCAUUCAGUUCCCAUUUCAACCAUAUGCCGCUGCACCUUCAGCCUCAGCCACCAGAGGGUGCACCACUGUCCACCAUUUCGAAUCACCUGCUUGACAGCCCACUCAUCACGACUCGCAACACCUCUGACAACACCACACAGACAGGACUGCGGAUUCUAAACACGGGCAGUCGUCUUCUCAACUUCAUCAUCGGCAGCAGCAAUGACAACUUGCCGCAAUCACCUAAGGUCAAAGAGCAUCCGCUCGUGCCGCACUUUGUGUCACGCCCACAACUGAGCCGGCGCAACGCGCGGACUGUGUCCCUCUGCGAGGGCCUCGACCACCGCAGCCACGAGUUCACGGUCGAGGAACGCCGGUCGCUGCUGCGUGGAGAAGACAGGCCUACCAUCAAGGAGUCAGUGCCAAAGUCGGUCAUUGUUGACUUGGCAACACCUACCAUGACCUUUGAGGAAGCCAAACAGACUGAGGAAUCGCAGAACGAGAAGAAAAUGGAAGAACAGCCAGAGCCAUCGCCGUACGAGCCAAACAGUUCAACCGAAAGCCUGCUGGCCGAAAACAGUCAGUGCAGUGCUGACAGCUACACUCAGCUGUUGCCACCAUAAUGUGCCGGCAGUAGUCGGCUUGUCGUGCUGGCAGGUUUGUGAGCAUGUGGUCAGCUUUGAGGGCAGCGCAACAAAGCAGGUGCCAAAUGGGCAGCACCCAAAAAUAGUUGAGUGGAGUAACUUCUGCACCGACGUGCUAGCCUGAAUCACAAAACUGACAACCACCAUGACACAAACCGGCACAUGGCCUGCCAUGUCAAACAUUUUGCACCUGCCAGACAUCUGAUGCUGAAAAAUUUCAGGACACUGCAGCAUAACCUGCAUGACCUACUGCUGCACAGACACUACAUUCUCAUCUGCCUCUAUCAUGCUGUGAGAGCAGUUGUGGCCAUGAAUCGUUCUUAAAGCAUCCCAAUGGCCUUGCAAUGCAGAGAGAGGUCACACUGGUGAUGUUGAAAGCUGGGCACUGAAUUGUUGGAAUGGGAAAAACUUAAUGUCAUUCACUUUAAAAAGUGCAGCAAGAGAACAUCACCUUCAGCCACGUGUUGUCUGUGUUACAUAGUUACAUGCAAGCAAGCUGUCGAGGAGACAGAGCAAACAUAAAGGCAAAUGCUUUUUGAUGCACUCCUACAGCCCUUUGCAAAGGGACUAGGCAAAACAAAGUAAGCAAGCAAAACCUCUACUGCGUGCAAAUUUCUCACAGCACGUAUGAUGGAGGCUUUCAGCGUGGCAAGUUAAGUGAGACCCCUGCCCAGGAAGGCUCAUCUUAUGCACAAUGAAUUGCUGAUAAUGAAAAAAAAGGAAAGAAGCUUGCACAUGAAGACAGACAUGGUGUUAAGUAUCUUCAAGUCUCUUAGAAAUGAAGAGGCACAGUACAUGUGUUCUGGGACAACUCAUAUGAAAGCAUUCUCAGCUUUAAUCUGCAAGUGCUUAUGAGUACUAACUCAUGUGUAAGUGUUCUCAGUGGGCGACGGAAAAGCAAGUAAUGCAUGUGAAAACUGUUACGCCAGUCCUUCGUGAAGGGUCACAUUUCCAGUAAGGUACCAGGGCCACACUUAACGACUCAACCCACCGAAACAGCACUCAGCCCGAGACAAGUCGAUCUCGACAAACCUGCUCAGUGAAUGACUGUGUGUUAAUCUAUCGUCGACUUCAAGGAGCAGAUCUAAUGCGACAGGUCUGCCGGUGAUAUUUUCGAGCAUGUGAAAGCGUGCAGUUGUUUGUGAUUAUUUAAACUGUGUGGAGACUGUAGUGGACGUGUUGUGACGUGCACUAGCUUGUGACUCAGUUCUCAGAAACCGAUUUUUUUUUUUUCAUUCAGUGGAAUAUUUUAUUAUCACUGAACAUAUUGAGAAACAUUUUAGUUGCUGCUGAACUUGUUGACACGUUUCCUCCCGAAAUGACGCGUCGGCCUUCUGUGUAUGUACACGUGAUCCUCCUGACAUGGGUGUUCCAGUGAACUGUGGCUUGGUUUCACAAACCAACUGUGGACAUCACAAACAUUGUUUUCAUGCUAUUUUUCCACAAAGAUGCAUAAUUCAACCAUUGUGCCACCUCUGCAACCGGUGAAAUCACCGGUGAAAUUGACCGAAGCUGCUUCAUGUCAAUAGGCACGAAGGAGCAAGUGACCAUCCAUGUUUUGUAAAACUUGACCGUCAAGUUAUGCUUGUAAGGAGCAUGGUGUGAGGUCGGCGCAACAGCCUGCGCGAGUGAGCUGCGACACUAGUUGUUUGCGUGCAGAUGUGAGGGUGAUUCAGUCAUCAGAAAAGUGUGAGUGGGUGAGUCAGCUUGACCAGCAACAUACCUGCACUGAUUUGAAGAGCAUCCAGUAAUCAAAACCUUUGCAAGUCAAUAGCACAUCUUUGUCAUCUUUGGUAUCCUCAAGGCAAGGGAAUUGUCAGAGGAGCCACGGUCAAUGCUGCAACGCAGCAGAGCAUCACAUAAAAUAUGGGAUGGUGACGUUCCCGUUGGUGUGAGUGGUGAAGCUGUCUGCGCUCAUUGGCAGCUUUGAGGUCAGACAGCUCUGGAGCACAUCCUCCAACAUUUCUCGCAAGUAAACGGCAAUGUACUGCUGCAGCAUUGCACCAGUUCGUAACUUGCAAGCUUCCAGAUGCUGAAGACUUCUCAUCAUUGAACUUUCAUGACAUACAUUUAGUAGUUGCUUGCAACGUCAAAGGGUGUUAAUUUAUUUUGGAGCGAGCACCGGCACUCUUUCCCCCAUUUACAGGGUCUUGGGUGUUGUCCUCUGUCUUGUUUCCUUUCCUAUACCACUGCGGAAGCUGUUAGAGAAGGAAAAUAAAGCCGUUUUGGUUGGCAGUUUUAAUGCUGCGUAAUGUCUCUAGAAACGCGAGGUCACUCAUGUGCAGGUGAGAGGUUGACAUAGCUCUGGUAAGUUAUUUAUAUGUGAGACACGGGGUGACAAAGUCAUUCUGUAUGACUAGGUUUUUUCCAAGCUGCUAGCGCAGCGCAGUCUAUGAUUUGGCAGAAAGACUAGGUAGCGGUGUAACUGCAACAAAUAGGCAGUUUGAUGUGGGCAGUACGGGCGAUGCCUGUAAUGCAUCUCUCUAUACGUGUAGAUGUUCACGCGAGUUGAACAGACCAUGGACAUCUGUUUCACAAGUGGGACUUUGUUUCCUGCAAACGAAGUGAAGGGAAAGGGCGUCUCAUUUGUUGUCUGACCAAUGAUGAUAUGCAGUUUUCAAGAGAGUAUCCAUGCAACAUCAUAUGUGCUGAGCUUCUUAUUUAUUUAUCUGUUAUAUGUCAAAUUCCGGCACUGUUGUUGUUUCGAUGUUUCUGUAGCAGCAAGUUUAACCAAACGAAACCACAUGUUUACGAGUGUUGCCAAUUUCCGACGACAUGCCCAAGACUGUGCACGAAUUAAACAGUCGUUCACUGAUGUUGCAGGCUGCCAACAUUGCCUAGGUUUUGGUAAGCUUUGAAUUUUAUGCUAGGCUGUAAUUGGUCGAGUGGGCCAACAAAACGCGGCAGGUAAAAUGUUUUUCAGUUUGUAUGGGAAUGAUUGCUGCUAUUACUCCACAUUUUCAUGGCAACUACACAGUAAAGCCAAGCAGCUGUAGUGAUUUCUAGCAGGAUAUGUUUAAAAAAAGGUUUUUCUAUAGUAUGUAAACAACUGGCCAAAAAUUUGCCAUCCUCAAAAAAUAUAUAUUUUCAUUCUCACAGGAUCAAGGGCUGUCACAACACCUUCCCUUGCUUCGUCCACUGUGCUUAGGGCAAUCCUUUGACAUCAAGUAGGGUUGUAGCAGGGGAUUGCCAGAGUUCUUUUAUCAUGAAAUGUUACAAAGGUCACAGAGGAUAUGUAAAGGUUAUGAACGAUACAAAAUAAUGCAGCGGUACACAAAUGAUAUGAAAAUAUCUGCAGCGCACAUGAACACGGACAUCGAAAUUGGACAGGAUUAGCAUGGUGUAAGCAUUAGGCUUACAAGUGCAAAUUUAUUUUCCUGCAAAUAGGUGUAACUACGCAAUACGUUAGUACGGCCACAUAGGAGAAACCAACAGAAUGACACUAUGGAGUUGUAAUCCAAAAGACGCACACAAGACAUCAUGGAUACUACGGGGAAUAAAUUCGUGUUCACACUGCUUGUUGACACAAACGACGAAAAAAAAUAAAGAGCUGUCAUUUGUGCCAUUUCAUGCUAAAAGAACAACACGCCACUAGCUAUCCGAUCCUACAUUAUGGCACAACCAGAACUAACAUUUGCCCCAGCAAAGCCAUAUGGUUUACUUUCACAGAAGCCUCGUGACUGUGCUCAAGUCGAUAUCCACAGUAGUUCAAGUGUUGUCCCUUCUGUUCAUUUGAAAAGCUGCUUGUUGCAUUUGUAAUGGUAAACAUUUCGCCUGAAGAAGCUGCAGCUCCAGACGGGGUUGCAUCGUGUGGUGACUUCCGUGACUCUCGACAUUUCCGUUCUUUCCUUGUUUUUAUGUUCCUGUUUAAAUGGAAUCUUUUCAUUGUUCACUACGGAUCUUUUACAUCCGACUUGCCGAUUAGUGAAAUGACAAAGAUGCAGAUGUGGGGCUUUCUGUGAAAGCUUAUAAUAUACUGAGACACCUGAGCAGUUCUCGCUUUUGCCCGUUGAUUUUAUGCGACUGCAUCUAUUAUUGUGGUUUCUAGCGCAUGCCCACGUGCAUGUCGCAAAGACACUUCUCCGAGCCUUUGUGUACACUUUCAGCACGCCACGGCGUUGCUGAGCGAUAUCUGAUGUUCUUUAGUUGCGCUGCGUUCAGCAACUUCGGCAGUUACUCUUUGUAGGAAAAGUUGCCGGCUGUAGAAGCUCGCAACAAGUGAAACCUGCAUCACUAAACUGUUGCCUUGCUGAAAUAAAUUUCCUGAAAGCCUCA